UGACUGGCAAUGGGAGAAGAGGAGGGGAUAAGAGAGUCCAGCCAGUCCAGCAACACUGUUUCUUGAAGAAAGAUCAGCAGCACGGCAAGAGGUGCGCUGUCCUGCCUCCUCUGAGUGACAUUCCCACAGGAGUCAGACUGAAUGAUCAAGGGGAUACGCCUGGAUCAAACGUCAAAGGAUUCCCCGUUGGAUCUAUUUCUACAGACAGACAGCACUCACCUUGGACAGCAGAGGACUUGGGCUUUUGUUGCUAAAGUCUUCAUGAUAGCUGCAUUAGAGGAGCUCCUUCGCUUAAACUUGAAAAGCAAAUAAUUUAAAAGAUCGAAGUUUUGCGUGAAGUGCACUUAUUUGUUAUUCUCGUUUUAUUAUGAAGGAAAUCCAGCUUGUGCUUAUAGUUGUCAGUGGUGUCAAUCUUUAGAGUCGACGUUUUGUCUGCAAAAAUACUGGACAUUUUUUCUGCCUCCGUGCAGGUUUUUUAUAUUUGCUAGUUGAUCUGUUCAUCAUAUGUUGCGAGGCGCACUUUGGAUACCAGCUCAGGACUUUACGCGUUUCAACUGGAAAACCUAUUUUUUAAAUCUCAGCAAAUUACACAUAAUUGUGUCCGCUAAUUUUUUCCUCUUAGGCCCGUCCCCUCCAGCAACAUGAGGCUCUUUCCAUCGCGAUUGAGCUAUCUAUUACUUCACCUCUUUGCGUUUUGCUACUAUGCUCAGGUAACCAUUCAGUCCCCGCCUAAUUUUACACAGCAUGUGAGUGAGCAAAGUAAGGUGACGGACCGGGUCAGCCGUAGACUCAUCCGGACCUACCAGCUUUACAGUCGAACCAGCGGCAAGCAUGUGCAAGUUCUGCCUAACAAGAAAAUCAACGCCAUGGCCGAAGAUGGCGACGUUCACGCCAAGCUCAUAGUGGAGACUGACACAUUUGGGAGUCGGGUACGAAUUAAAGGAGCGGAAACGGGCUUCUACGUUUGCAUGAACAGGAGGGGGAAGCUGAUUGGCAAGAAUAACGGUCAUGGGAAAGACUGCAUUUUCACAGAGAUAGUACUGGAGAAUAACUACACAGCUCUACAGAAUGUGAAGUAUGAAGGCUGGUACAUGGCAUUUACACGCAAAGGCAGACCCCGCAAGGGCUCCAAAACCAGGCAACAUCAACGGGAAGUCCACUUCAUGAAGAGGCUGCCCAGGGGACAUCAAAUCGCAGAGCACAGACCCUUUGAUUUCAUCAACUACCCUUUCAACAGACGGACUAAACGCACCCGCUACUCUGGAGAGCGUUGAAGAGUGACGCUGGAGGAGAGAAAGUGAAAAAUACUUCUAUUAAAUAAUCUUGUGGACUCCUGAAAACAUUUUUGUACUGAGCAACAAUAUACCUAACCUUUAGUUUUUUUUAUGAAUUUUCAGAAAUUACGAAAAAAAAAGAAAAAAAAUCUCAAGAAAAAAAGAGAUUUAUUUUUGUACCCCUGACUUUUAGUACUGACCUGUGUCAAAUGAUAGAAAAUCAAAGCACGGGACAUUUAAGUGCUGACAUUGUAGUAGUGCGUGGACUUCUUCCAUCUUUCUCCCUUUCUGGUUUGUUUCAUUUGAUUUGGAUGGUUUUCGAGUAAUUUAUAACUCUUCGUAAUGCUGCUCAGGGGGACUUCAAGGGCCCGAGAGAGAAUGCACUGACAACACAAGGCUGUAUUCGGUUACACAGGCAGCCGGGGCACCUCUCGACCACCCAGUGAUAAGAUACCCAGCUCAUCUCUCAGUAACCUCUCUGGUUCUUGAUUCUGGAACUCUCUAGAGAUAAACACGGUUAAAGCAAACAGAGCUUUAAAUACAUAUUUAAAUGUGGCAGCUACAAUUUAAUGAUCACAGGUUUCCUACCGUGAACUGGAAGUGUAAAUUCCAAGGUGUAUAAAUGUACGAAACUGUAGGAAAAGCUUUGUUCUUUGUUGCAUUUUGUUUGUCUGUUUUUUAUACAAAUAUAAAUAUAUUUUUAUUUGAGGAUGUGUAAAAUAAUUUUAAUGAUGGAAAUAUUUAUUUAAAAACGUGUAAUAAAUUUUACCUUAGGA